CCAGCAGGACGUCUGCAGCAGCUGUCCACUGGCAUUUCAGCCGUAUCGUCACAGUAGUGAGAGGGGGGAUCAGUGAGACAGAGGGGGCUGCCUGCAGUCUUCUUUUGUGGGUUCACUCUCGCUGUCCUCGGCCCCAGCCCUCCACGCCCCACUACUCUCCCUGCCUCUGCCCCAACCCAGGCCCACGGCCCCACCAUGGCCGACCAGUACCAGUACAACACCAACGAGGAGAAGAUCGUGAAGGACAGCCACACCAAGGAGAUCGACCUGAUCAACAGAGACCCCAAAUUUAUCAAUGAGGAUGUGAUCAAGGUGGAAUUUGAGGAUGUGAUCGCAGAGCCCGACGGCACACACAGUCUGGAUGGGGUGUGGAAGCUCAGCUACACUACCUUCACCGUUUCCAAGUACUGGUGCUACCGCAUCCUCUCAGCCAUCUUCGGCAUCCCUGUGGCUCUGCUCUGGGGCUUCCUCUUUGCCUGCAUCUCAUUCUGUCACAUCUGGGCUGUGGUGCCCUGUAUCAAGAGCUGCCUGAUUGAGUCCCAGUGCAUCAGUCGCAUCUACUCCCUCUGCAUCCAGACCUUCUGUGACCCCUUCUUUGAAGCCCUGGGCAAGAUCUUCAGCAGCGUGAAAGUGGCCCUGCGCAAAGAGGUCUAGACACUCACACCUACUGAAGUGUUUACACGUGUUUGGAUGAAACGCUGCACCCUUUUUAUCCGCCAGACCAGAUAACCAGUCCUGGUGUCCUCAUAUUUCCUAAGACACCCCCCAAUACCCUCAACCAGCCCAAAGCCCAGGGCCUCGCCCGUCUUAGCCCUUUGAGUCCUGACAUGCUCAGAGCGACCAGCGCCACCAGAGGCUCUGUGACAGCUGCAGCAUGGUUGGGUGACAGCUCUGGCUCUGUUGGAAGGCAGAGAGCUAUCUGUUCAUUGAGGGAAUACAGGGCUGGCAGCCAUGGCAUGGGCAGGACUUGUGUCCCAGAGUGAAUGUAUUUUGCGAUGCUGAGGACAGUGGCACCUCGGUCACAUGACAUAAACACCCCAGUGACACUAACGGCAUUGCAGCACCCGUAGGACAAUGCUGCCUGUAUACAAUCUCUACUAUAUUGGCUAAUUCUGAAUUUAUAUACAGUAUAUUAAACAGUCAGAUGUGUGUGGGUAUGUGUAUGUUUUGUGCCUGAUGAUAAAUUAGUUGUGCAAUGGAAAAGAGAAUUGUAGUGCUUGAACAAGAUUAUAUCACGUUUCACAGAAUCAAUAAGAUGCUGUUUAUUUACUGAAUCAUUUUGAUUAAACACAUCCUAAAUUGUCAA